CCCCGCUGCUUGUCAGGAUCAGAGCGCCACACACACCGGCAACACACACUAUACACACACACUCCCUCUCCGAGCCGGACAGCACAGCCCCUGGCCCGGCAAGUCCCGGCAGCGGAGGACACAUCCAGGCUUCCAGGCGCCGCAGCCCGCCGUGACAGUGGACCUAACGUCGCCUUACUUUGUGGACAUGGGAGACAUGGGGGACCCGCCGAAAAAGAAGCGGCUGGUGUCUCUGUGCGUGGGCUGCGGGAACCAGAUCCACGACCAGUACAUCCUGCGGGUUUCCCCGGACCUGGAGUGGCACGCCGCCUGUCUCAAAUGUGCCGAGUGCAGCCAGUACCUGGACGAGUCGUGCACGUGCUUCGUCAGGGACGGAAAGACGUACUGUAAACGGGACUACAUCAGGUUGUACGGGAUCAAAUGCGCGAAAUGCAACAUCGGCUUCAGCAAGAACGACUUCGUGAUGCGGGCCCGCUCCAAGGUCUACCACAUCGAGUGUUUCCGCUGCGUGGCCUGCAGCCGGCAGCUCAUCCCGGGAGACGAGUUCGCUCUGCGGGAGGACGGGCUCUUCUGCCGGGCCGACCACGACGUGGUGGAGCGGGCCAGCCUGGGCGCUGGAGACCCGCUCAGUCCGCUGCACCCCGCCAGACCGCUGCAGAUGGCAGCAGAACCAAUCUCGGCCCGGCAGCCCGCGCUGCGGCCUCACGUGCACAAACAGCCGGAGAAGACCACCCGGGUCCGGACGGUGCUGAACGAGAAGCAGCUGCACACGCUGCGGACUUGCUAUAACGCCAACCCGAGGCCUGACGCCCUCAUGAAGGAGCAGCUGGUGGAGAUGACCGGCCUCAGCCCGCGGGUCAUCCGGGUCUGGUUCCAGAACAAGCGGUGCAAGGACAAGAAGAGGAGCAUCCUGAUGAAGCAGCUGCAGCAGCAACAGCCCAACGACAAGACGAACAUCCAGGGAAUGACGGGCACCCCGAUGGUGGCGGCCAGUCCAGAGCGGCACGACGGCGGCAUCCAGGCCAACCCGGUGGAGGUGCAGAGCUACCAGCCGCCCUGGAAGGUCCUCAGCGACUUCGCCCUGCAGAGCGACAUCGACCAGCCGGCCUUCCAACAACUGGUCAGUUUCUCAGAGGGUGGUCCGGGAUCGAACUCGACGGGCAGCGAGGUAGCGUCCAUGUCGUCCCAACUUCCAGACACGCCGAACAGCAUGGUGUCCAGCCCCAUCGAGGCCUGAGCCGCCGCCGCCGACGCCGCCUCCUCCCCAUCCAUCCAUCCAUCCAUCCCUCCCUCCCGACCGACGGACGGACGGACGGACGGACGGACGGACCGCACCAAACAACCCCCCUGGUUGUAUUAUGACACUGUGAAGACAAUCAUGGGAUUUUACCACAGCCACACAUUCUAAUGUCCAUCCAGAGAGAGAGACACACGGACGGACACACGGACGGACGGAUGCGUCAUCAUGGCCCGGUGCUGCACGUUCACGCGCCUGGUUACAAUUGCCAAAACGAGAGACAUGAACCGGACUGCAUCGAUACACGGGACCUCUGAGAGAGAGAGAGAGAGACAGAGAGAGAGAGAAAUCUAAAUCCUAUACUUGCGAAAUGCUGUGCUACUAUGAAUAGAAAAAAAAACAUUGACUGGUGAUUUUUUUUAAUUCGAUACGCACCUCAUCAUGUAGGCUUAAUAGACCGUUGGAGGGGAACAGCACUGCGUUUUCUUCAUUUUUAGGUAAUUAUUACACCAUUUCCCUUCAUGGCCCGAGUUCUAAAGCAUUUGCAACAAGGUAUACCUCUAUUUUGCCACAAGCUUUCAUGGGACAUUUGUGUGAAUCAUUGUCCGUCCGAGAAUACUUUUUUUUUCUCCCAAAGAUGUGUAUAAUUAAUCAUAAGUUAAAAAAUACCGUUAGCUCUGGAAGAAAAAUGUUUCGUUUGUUCCCGUGCAACAAAAAAAUUAUUUAUUAUUUAUUGUCGACAAAUUUGCCACCUUUUGUGUAACUUUUCUUAACUGAAGUAAAAAGAGACAAAAACGA